AUGAAAGCGGAGGGGUUCCCGCGUCCCCACAAGUUUAUGGGGCCCCUGGAGAAGAGCCCCCCGGUGCUCUGCCCCCAUCGUGGGGUCCGUGGGCUCCUCCUGUGCCUGCCGGCCACGGGGCACGCCCGACCCCACGGUGUGGUUCGAGAGCAGGCCCGGUUAAGAGCCGGUGUGGUUGAGGAGGACACCGAGGAGUGGCAGAAAGACUCACAUUUUACAGGACUGGAGAGAGUGGGAGGUGUGGACUUAUCUUACAUCAAAGGAGAUGACACCAGCGCCUGCGCUUCCCUGGUCGUUCUCAGCUACCCGGCUCUUGAGGUGCUGUACGAGGAUUGCCGGAUGGUGGCUGUGAGCGCCCAGUACGUGGCAGGAUUCUUAGCCUUCCGAGAGGUCCCUUUCCUGGUGGAAGCUGUUCGGAGACUUCAGCAGGAGGAGCCCAAGCUCACACCUCAGGUACUUCUUGUAGAUGGGAAUGGCCUGCUCCAUCCCAGAGGAUUUGGUGUGGCCUGUCACCUCGGAGUCCUGACGGAUCUACCAUGCAUUGGAGUGGCCAAGAACCUCCUGCAGGUGGAUGGCUUGGUCAGGGAUGAGCUGCACAGAGAGCAGAUUCGUUCCCUGCAGAGGGAAGGAGAUACGUUCCCACUAACAGGCACUUCGGGGCGAGUCCUGGGCAUGGUCCUGCGUAGCUACAACAACAGCUCUAAGCCGCUUUAUAUCUCUGUGGGUCACAGGGUGUGCCUGGAGACAGCCGUGCGUCUAGUCAAGUCCUGCUGCAGGUACCGGAUCCCAGAGCCCAUCCGUCAGGCUGAUAUUAGAUCGAGGGAGUAUAUUCGGAAGCAGCUGUGUUCACCACUGGAGGUCAUAUCUUCUGGGCCAGAGAGCAGGAAAAAGGAGGCUGAACUGGAUGAUUAGUCUGAUGCCAGAAGAAACUGCAGGGCUCCUCUUCACUGGAUCCUCUCCUCCACCAAGACUAUGGUUCUGUUGAGUGCAGCAGCUGAGUGCC